AUGCGUUGCGAGCUAAUAAUCUCUCUGUUUCUUUUGAGUCUUGCAUAUGGCGCUCCUCCCAAAUCUCAAAAUGGAAUAAUCGCUCACUUUUUGGACUAUGCCGAGGCCCUCCGUGCUGUCGAAAUUCAUAAUGGUUUGCUACUUUCAACUAAUUUUGUAAGGGACUUAGCGAACAGCGUGCCAGUUGAACAUCGAGGACCAGGAACGGCCGCCCUUCAAGAAUAUGUUAGCCGCAGCAAGAAGAUCCUCAAACAGGGAACUUCUGAUGAGAAGGCUGGCCAGGGAUACGCUCUGCAAACCCUGUUCGAAAACCUCAAAGACAGCUUAGACCCAACUUCAAAGGAGGCAGAAGCCAUUCUACCAGGCUUCCUGGGCAUAUUGGCGUUGGCAUCUGAAUUCGCCGAAGAGGAUGAGAAAGUCCACACUAGGUUCGGAGAAGGUGCCCGCCAAAUGUUGCCUCACUUGACUCCGAACACCCUAGCCCGAGAAAGCGAGCUUGUACACUUAAUGGACACAUACAUCAAGUCUGAAGAUCUACAAGAACAUGAAAACCUCUACAAAAAAAUUCUGGCCUUCAGAAAUAGGUACUGAACCUUUGUAAUCAAUAAGAUGAAAUAUUCAUUCAAUAACAGCUUGACAAAUUAAACGAAAAGUAAAAGUUUUA